GGAUGAACAGUUUAAUGCAAAGACAUUACAGACAGCAGCGUUUUAUUUUUCUAAAUUAGGACCGUAAAUUCAGGAUAUAAUUUUAUGACUCAUAAAGCGAUAUUUCCUCCUUUUGAGGAUGAUUCUGGUAAACAGAACUAAAUAAAGAUUUAUUCUGUAGUUCACGGUCUCCUUUGAGUUUCUUUCUUUCUUUCUUUCUUUCAGAUGAAGACAUUUCCGGACUUGUUUUAGUGAAUUAUUCGUGUAACGGAUAUUUCUGCAAAGAAGAAAGUUGUUUACAAAGCAGGUGGAUGUGACGUCAGAGGUUCGGACAUCAAAACAAAAACAUCAAACCCGCGAUUCUUCCCUUUUCCCUUCUUCUUCUUCUUCUUCUUCUUCUUUCCUUCCGCGUGUCAAAAUCUAAUAACAUUAAAAGCGCUCGUGCGGCUCCGGAGAGACGGAGCGGCACGCGGCGACACGCAAACUGCGACGCCCCCGGAAAUCAUUCUGACAUUCUGGAGCGGGGCUGAUCUGUGAAGAGCGGAGGUUCAGAACAUAAUCCCUCGCCCGAGCGCUGAGUGUGAGAACUUCUCCAGCGAACGCAGCGUCCCGCUUUCAUCCCACUGCUCAGUGUUUGCCAGCUCACAUUAAAAUCUGCUGCUGGGUAUUGAGGAGUUGUAAAGCCAUCCUUCUGCCCGGCUUACCUCUGCAAUACCAUCCCUUUUAAAAUAAAUACAAUGUGCAACUAAAGUUUUGGGGUUUUUUUUAUUUCUGUUUUUUCAGGCUUUCAGAGAUGAAACAUUUCUUUAAAUCUUAUUAGAUCGAGCAGCAAAAGUGAGAGGUAAAAAGUGAGGUUUCACUGAGGGGAGGUGACUCCUGCAGUGAUGGAAGGAAGUCUGACAUUUUCUGUCUCCUCAGAUACUGCCGGACAGUUUUCAUGCCAGGACGGCUGUUUGGUGAGGGAGCGGACGCCUCCAGGACAACAUGGGAAAGAAGUAAAUCUGGGAACGCUUUGAACCUUCAGUGAGAGUCCAUUCCACCAGGGGGAGGAGGUUCACCGCUGGAACAGCCGGUUGCAUUCAUCAGGUCAUGAUGGACUCGGGGAUGGAGGUGAUGGCCAACGGCCCAGCUGAUCAGAACGGGAGAGCAAGCGUGGAGGGCGCCCUGAAGGACGGACGGCCUGGAAGCGCCACGCCAUCAGGAGAUGUGGCGGGCUCGGACCUCCUGCAUCUGCAGCAGCAGCAGGUCCUUCAAGCGGCUCGCCUAAUUCUUCUUCAGCAUCAGCCUCAGUCACACCAACCGCAGCCUCAACCAAACUCUGGCCACAAAUCCCCCAAAGCCAUCGACAAGGAGCAGCGCCUACAGGUGUCCGUGGCUAUGAUGACACCUCAAGUGAUAACCCCCCAGCAGAUGCAGCAGAUCCUCCAGCAGCAGGUCCUGAGCCCUCAGCAGCUCCAGGUUCUCCUGCAGCAGCAGCAGGCCCUCAUGUUGCAGCAGCAGCAGCUUCAAGAGUUUUACAAGAAACAGCAGGAACAACUCCACCUGCAGCUUCUCCAGCAGCAGCAGCAUGCAGGAGGCAAGCAGGCGAAAGAGCAGCAGGUGUCGGCGCAGCAGCUGGCCUUCCAGCAGCAGCUCCUGCAGGUCCAUCAGGUCCAGCAGCAGCACCUGCUCAGCCUGCAGAGACAAGGACUCCUCACCAUCCAGCCGGGACAGACGGGACUCCCCGUGGCCUCGCUCACUCAGGGCAUGAUUCCAGCCGAGCUGCAGCAGCUGUGGAAGGAGGUGACAAACGCUCACGUGAAGGAGGAGCACAACAGCACCAACGGACACCGCGGCCUGGACCUGUCCUCGCCGGCACCGCCGAAAAACCCGCUCCUCAACCAGCAUGGGUCCACCAACGGCCAGUACAUGAGUCACAAGAGAGAGGGAUCGGUGCAGGACGAGUGCUCUCCCAGCAGCCACCCUCUGUACGGCCACGGCGUCUGCAAAUGGCCGGGAUGUGAGGCCGUUUUUGAAGAUUUCCAGUCAUUCCUCAAGCACCUGAACCACGAGCACGCGCUGGACGACAGGAGCACGGCGCAGUGCCGAGUGCAGAUGCAGGUGGUGCAGCAGCUGGAGUUGCAGCUGGCUAAAGAUAAAGAGCGUCUGCAGGCGAUGAUGACACACCUCCACGUCAAGUCCACGGAGCCCAAAGCCCCCCCCCAGCCGCUCAACCUGGUGUCCAGCGUCACGUUGUCCAAGUCGGCCCCAGAAUCCUCUCCUCCUCUGAGCCUCCCCCACACCCCCACCACACCCACGGCCCCCCUCACACCCCUGUCCCAGACGCACUCUGUCAUCACACCCAACAGCCUUCACAACGUGGGGCCCAUCCGACGGCGGUACUCCGAAAAGUACAACAUGCCCAUCUCUCCUGAUAUUAGUCAGAACAAAGAGUUCUACAUGAAUGCAGAUGUCAGACCUCCGUUCACAUACGCCUCUUUAAUAAGACAGGCAAUCCUGGAGUCUCCAGAAAAGCAGCUAACACUAAACGAAAUCUACAACUGGUUCACACGAAUGUUUGCAUACUUCAGGCGCAACGCAGCUACGUGGAAGAAUGCCGUCCGGCAUAAUCUUAGUCUUCACAAGUGUUUUGUGCGAGUAGAAAACGUGAAAGGGGCGGUGUGGACCGUCGACGAGAUAGAGUUCCAAAAGAGACGGCCUCAGAAGAUCAGCGGAAGUCCGGCUCUGGUGAAGAACCUCCAGAGCAGCCUGGGCUACGGCCCCAACCUCUCUGCUGCCUUCCAGGCUUCAGUGGCAGAAAACAACAUACCUCUAUACACUACUGCUUCCAUUGGGAGUCCUACCCUCAACUGUCUGGCCAAUGCCAUCCGCGAGGAGAUGAAUGGAGCAAUGGAGCAUGGAAACAGCAACGGGAGUGACAGCAGCCCGGGACGAUCCCCCCUGCCAGCUAUGCACCACAUCAGUGUGAAGGAGGAGCCGCUGGACCCAGAGGACCACGACGGACCGCUGUCUUUGGUCACAACUGGAAAUCACAGUCCGGACUUCGAUCCCCACAGAGAUUACGAUGAGGAGCAGAGCAUGAUGUGACGCUGUGGGCCGGACGCUGGACGCUGCCCUCCACCCACUGAACUGCAGCCACUGACCACCUUCCUCACAUGUGUGACUCUCCAGUGCCAUUACAAACAGAGAAACUCAGUGUCCCGCAGAGGGGGCAGCCUUUUUUAUUUACGUCUACUUCUGCUUUCAGACAGGUUUAGAGAGCGAGAAGACUUGUCCACAUGUUGAACGGAUUUGUCUGGGAUUGGGGGGUCAUGUUGAGAGCCAACAGAUGGAGCUCAGCAGACUGGAAAAGGGACCCCCCCACACCACAACCACAUUCAACCAUGAAUGAAAGAAACAGAACUUUUACUUUGUGGGUGCGAGUGUGAGAGGAUCAGCUGGUCACCGCCUUCACCACAUCACGUCUUUGUUUGAUUCCAGCGAGGAAUCUGUUCGAAAUGACCCACAUCCUGUUUCCUCGCCAUCAUUCUGUUGUUUUUGUGUUUAAAGCUGUUCAGACCUCAUGCUCAUGCUGUAAAGCUCUGUUUUCAAAGCUCGAUAAUGAAUGUUCUUUAACUCACUCACACAUGCAGUAUUUUUCUGUCAUUUAUUCCACCAUCAUCUAAAAAAUAAGAAUAGUCUCUGGGUUCCUCUGCCGCUCCCUUCUCCUACUUAUGAAGUCCUUUGGCAGUGCACUACUCAUAAUGAAGGCUCUCUUCACGCAUCAAUGAAGUUUAAUUUAAGAGUUGAAUGAAUGACAGAGAAAUCAUGCAGGUUAUGGUUUAGACUUAUGAAAUUAUUCCUGAAAACAGCCUCUCAAGAAAGUGCAUGCUGAGCUGCAACACGACUUCUGAUGAGUUUCCAGCUCCACGGUGUUCAAACGCUGCAGUAACGGAAAACUUUAGGUCAACCAGGGCUGGGCGAUAAAAUGAUACCGAUAUAUAUCGCGAUAGGCUUUUAUUUUGAAGGGCCCACUUCCACUAAUCAUCUCUGUAACAUGUGGUUUCAGCUGAUGAAGCAGCGGGACAUGUGGUGGUUUUUAACAGGAUCCAGUCAGAACUGGAGGACAAACCUGGACUUAUAACAGCAACAGAAAAUUCCAUGAAAAGUUUCGAUUAGCAAGAUGCUAAUGCUAACGAGCAGCUGUCACCGUGAUGUGGUCACAGACUGUUUUAAAGUCAGACGAUAUUUUCACUGACCAGACUUUGAGACGUGGCGGAUAAAUAAAUAUUCAUUCAUUCAUUCAUUCAUCUUCUUGUCCGCUUCUUCCCUCUCGGGGUCGCGGGGUGCCGGAUCCUAUUCCGGCUACUGAUGGGCGAAGGCGGGGUUCACCUGGACAGGUCGCCAGUCUGUCGGAAACAGCAAAAUUAUGUUGUAGGAAAUUUAAAAAAAAACAUUUUUUUAAUAUAUUGACGGAAAAACUUCAACCUGUGUCAGAUGUUGCACAGAACAUGUUCUUUCAGCACGUCUGAUUUUGAGUUUACAGUCAGAUGAUACAGAAAAUGUUCAUUCCAGUUUAUUAAUUACUUUUAUGCAAUUUAAUUUUCUUGAGAAAAAUUUAGAAAAUAGUUUAAAAAGUAAAACGCCUAAGAUAUUUUGUUCUGAAAUAAUGUUAUAAUUUUAUGUUUAUUCUCCAAAACUUGAAAACAUUAGAAUUUAUUUGUAGAACUAAUGCUUUGUUUGUCACCAACCUGCGACAGACUGGCGACCUGUCCAGGUGAACCCCGCCUUCACCCAUCAGUAGCCGGGUUAGGCUCCAGCACCCCCGCGACCCCGAAAGGACAAAGCGGCCAAGAAGAUGGAUGGAUGCGUUGUUUUUAAAUGGAACUGAACAGUUUAGUGGUCUAUUACACUAAUACUCUCUUGAAGCUUGAAAGCAUUUGCAUUCAUUUUCAGUUUAUAUAUAUAUGUAUAUAUAUAUAUAUACAGUAUAUCCCUUUUCUUAAAGUUUAUUCACACGGUCAGUUUCAAUGUUAAGUCAAUGAUACAGAAGCAAAUUGAGGCGAUCUGGAGUCCCGCGGCGCGAUUUGAGCAACAUAGCACAGCCAAAAUGUAAAUGUCUGAAGUUUGUCAGGUCGCCGCAUCACAUCCACCAAUCAGGAACUCAGCUUUGGGCGCGUGACAUUUUCAGUGACUCAGUCAGCGGGUAGAAUAUUUAUCAAUGCGUGUGUUUUUGUCCUGAAUUUACGUCUAAUUUCUCAACCCGCUGUGGUUUGAUCUCUAACCGCGGUGGCUCUAGAGCUCUAGAGACGUGAUUCCCCAUGUUUUUAUAGAACUAUUCACACUAGAUAAACCUGAUCUCUCAAAUAACCCUCUAAGCUACCAUACAUUGUAAGUGACAUACAGUAUACACAGACACGCUCCAUGUCAGGCGUAAAACAUCGUCUGGUAGCUCCUCCCACAUGCGGCCGCAGCGUCAAGCUCAGGAACACAUUUCUGACAGGCGGCGAGCAGCAAAUGUUCCGCUUGGCGAAAUAGGGGCUGGACUUGUGAAUUUGUCACAUGAAUUGCGUUUGGUAUGAAUGCACCUUUAGUUAUCUAAAAAAGCAGCUCCAUAUUUUCCUUCAGUGCAUCUGAUAUGUUGAAAGAAUGACAGGAAAUAAAUAUUCAAUCUAAACAACCUGCUGACGAUUACACAUUUCUUUUUGAGCCGCAGAACAUUCAAAUUUGACAAAUAAAGUUUAUAUCGCGAUAUAUAAUGUUAUCACACAAUAUGAAAAUAACUAUAUCGUGAUAUCAAAAAUUCCAUAUCGCCCAGGCCUGAGGUCAGCUAAUUGAAAUUCCUGAUCACAGCUGAUGUGAAUCUGAGACGUUUGCUUUGUUGUGACUCCGUUCAUUGCUGGAGGAGAAAGUGUCGCUCCGGUCUGUGUUUCUGUGCGUGAGCAGCUUUAGGUUUGGAGUGGUCAUAAUUCCAGAUCUGCAUGAUGGAAACAAUACAGGACCUGCAGACAGAUAUUAUACAUCCCAGCUUCUAACAACCUUAGUCCCAGUUUCAGACGUACUGCAGGUAAAGGGCCAACAGCAAAUGUGGCCGCCCUGAUAUCCAGCUGCAGCAAAGAGAAGGAAACGGCAGUGAGAGCAGACGGCAGUCCUCCUUCACUCUUUCAGUCUAUUUCUAUGAUGGUGUUCUGGAAAUCUUUGUUCUUAGUCGUUGGUGUGUGUUACCAUCAUGUAAUGUGAUUACCAAAGAUAAACUAGUCAGUGUCACAUGUCCAUACAACAUCAGGCCAAAUAUCCAACUAGAUCUCAUCCUCCGGACCAUCAGGUUUGUGACCGAUUAGAGAAGGAAAGCACUUGUCAAACUGAUGUUUAUUUCUGUUUGCUUUAUACAAACCAAAGUGAACAACUUUAUUAAAGUUAAAAAUAUUUUGCAAUGACCAAAAGUGAAUGGUUGGUGCCUCUAUAUGAGACCACAGCGCUGGGGGCCACAGAGGACACCAGACCACAACUUCUCUCUGUAGAACCAUGAAGGAUGAAGUCUAGGCUGGAAAAAAAACACGGAUUUUGUGUUUUGAUUGGAACAAACACCAAUCAACUCUUUUCUAAGCUUUACAUGAUUUUGUGCCCACAAACACACAAAACUGUGUUUAGUUUUUGUCCUCCUAAUACUUUUUAUGUACAAAAACACUCCUGUAUACUCAUAAGCUGGGUACAAGGUACUUCCUGACAAUAGUUGUUUUUCUAAGUUCGUGUCAUUUUGACCACAUUUGAUAUCCAGGCAGCUGUGGGACGGGUCUGUUGGAGGCAGACGGGGACCGUGAGAACUGGGCUGAGUUCAUCCAGCAGUUCUCAGUGAUGUUCUGGGUUUGUUUGCUGUAGAGAAGCAGGGAGAGGAUUGUUAGAUUAGGUCAGUCUCAGCAUGUGCAGCUUGACAUUGCUAAAGAUAACAGCAUGAGAAGGAUCGUAUGCAUACCUCAGUCCAAACCUGUAGGGAAUGAUUGAAAAAGUCAACUUUUCACUCCGUUGCACUUAGUCGUUUGUCUUGCAUGUGUAGUCUGAUACUGAAGAGAAAAAUGAAUAAAAAUAAAGAAAUAAAGAGCUUCUUAUCUUAACAUUUUUGUUGUUUCAAACCGAUCCAAACCUCAGGCUUCCUUCUUGGUGGACUCGGCCGGCUGUGUGCUUCCUGUCUGAUGUACUGAUGAGCUGUUUUUCACACAUGGUUGUACAUACGUGUCACGAAAGCCUUUUUCUUGUCCUGCCUUUCUCUCCCUCUGAGGUUAAACAAACAUUUCACGUUUGCUUUAUUGCAGCUGCUUUGUAUAAACUAUGAAAUAGCCAUGGGGGAAACUGCUGGACAUAUUUGGGACAGAAAGUUGUGCUGAAAUGUACUUAACAAGUUUGAUUUAAACUUAAAUAAUACAAAAAUCCUCCACAUGUGGUUCAGCAGAGGAAGGGAUCAUCCCAGUGCUUGGACUUCAAACUGUAAUAUAGAAAAAACAGACUUUUCUCUGUUAUCAUUGACUGAAGAAUUUUGUACAGAUUUUUCCCAUUUUUCCUUUAAGCUGGUUUUGAUACACGGUUCAACCACUGUUUUCUGUGGCUCUAUAUGGAAGGCUGCCGGCUGCAGUAAGAGAGCGGGUCGGUUUAGAUCUUGCAUGACUGAUCACGGUCAUGGAGACUGGAUACCUGGGGAGGGAGGGAGGGAUGGUCAGUAACGGGACAUGGGUGUAUCAAUGACAUUUUAUAAUUAACAAGUAAAAAGAGAAAAAUAUCCAGUGCCAAGAUGUAAAGUAUUCAGUCAAAUGAUGUUUUUGUUGGAAGAAAUUCCUUUUACACACAUUUCCAGUUUGUUGAUCAGACACUUUGGGGCAUCCAUGUUUUUGCACACUCAUCCUAAGCAGACAGUAAAGAGUCAAAUCAAGCACAGCAGACAGACGGCGGAGGUAAGCAGCAGCAUCCACACCCCAAACAUCGCACAAACAGCAUCACUGGCUGUCCUGUUUCUCCUGUUUUGGGUGAAGGGACGGGAAGGGCAUGGUGCAGCUCUCAUGUUGCAACAGUUUUUACUUUGUACACCAACUCUCAAUUUUAUUUAAAUAUGGUUCCUGAUGUCUUCCAUCAGUCUGUUGCCUCAUUCUUCAUUUGUGAUGAGACACUUUGUAAUCGGUGGCAAUGACUGAUGUGAGUAUUCUAAACAUGCAAUAAAAUGCUGGUUGUUCAUA